UUGAAGUUAAGCUGACCUUGAGUGUAAUUUUCAGUGUUUUCUAGAAUUGUUCUCACUGCUCUAUCAUUCUGUCCAGUUUCUACAUUUAUUUUAUCAUUAGUUUUCAUGGUUGUUAAUUUUGCAAGUUCCUCUUUUUCAUCUGAAGGUGUGAUCCUCAUGUUCCGCAUGUUCUUCAUGUUCCUCGUGUUCCUUCAUGUAACUCCUUCAACAAGAAGACUCCAUUACACUGUGAAAGAGUUAAUCACCUUUAAAGCUCUGUUAACAUUGAGUAAUGGGAACUGAAUAUAAUGUAUUCACCUGUGAACAUUAUUCUGAAGUGAUGUGUCUAAUUAUUAUGAUGAGAUGGUAAUUAAGUGUCAGUAAAGACACCUGACCUGUAGAGUGCGCUGUCCUACAGGUUUUAGUGAAAGACUGCAGUUCGUCUUGAGGUCACUUUAACAUGUAAUGUGAAUAACGUGUGUAAUUUCUGCUUAAUAUAUUACACUGAAUUUGUAUAAGUUCUCCCAUGUUUAAAUGAUGAACUGUCUUAACUCAGAUGAAUAAAAACUCAGCUGAAUAAUAACGUGAGCAGGGAAAUGACGUCACAGCAGGUGAGAGAAAGUGAAAGUGGGUGAAUCAGGAAGCUCACAUAAACACUGUCUUCUGUCUAUUAGGUAGUUGUUGGAUAUUCAGUAACUCUGAGAAGAGUUUAGAACAGGCAAUUCUGACACUUCAGAAAGGAAAAGGACAGAAAAUAAAGAAUAAUUAAGAUUUCAGAUGAAUCAGUUUGGAGAUAAAUAACACUGGAGUCAUUGCCUCUGUGGAGAUACUUCAUAUAAUCCUGUAAAGCAGCAGGCAGGCUGAAAAGGGUUAAAGAGGAGGAGGAAGGAAAUGGCAGAAUCUCCAUCAUCACAACAAAAAGCCAGGAGAAGAAAGAGUAUAGAUAGAACAGAAGGGUUUGCACAUGACUCCAGCAGUCUCCUGUCUGAAGAUCAGUUCCAGUGUUCAAUCUGUCUGGAUGUAUUAACUGAUCCAGUCUCCACUCCAUGUGGACACAACUUCUGUAAAACCUGCCUUACACUGUACUGGAACAACACUGAACACUGUCACUGUCCAUUCUGUAAAGAGAAAUUCACCAAGAGACCUGAACUGAAGAUCAAUACAACACUGAGAGAGGUUGUGGACCACUUCAAGAAGAAAAGUGGUCUUAUUAAGCCAGACAUUCUUUGUGAUGCCUGCACUGGAGUAAAGCAGAAAGCCCUGAAAUCCUGCCUGGAUUGUCGUGUGACUUUUUGUAAAUCUCAUUUAGAGCCUCAUAAUAAUGUUCCAGUACUUAAGAAACACAAACUAAUAAGCCCAGUGAAGAACCUGCAGGACUACAUAUGCCAGAAGCAUGAGAGACCCCUGGAGCUGUUCUGUAGAGAUGACCAGACAUGUGUGUGUCUGUUCUGCAUUGAAGGAGAUCACAAGACUCACAACACUGUUCCUAUAGAGGAGGAGAGUGGAGAAAAAAAGCUGAUAAAGACCCAGACAGAGUUGCAGCAGAUGAUCCAAGACAGACUGAAGAAGAUCAAAGACAUCAAAGACUCAGUAGAGCUUAGAAAAAGAAACACAGAGAAAGAGAAAGCAGACAGUGUUGAAGUCUUCACUGCUCUGAUCCGCUCCAUUGAGAGAAGCCAGGCUGAGCUGCUUGAGGUCAUGGAGGAGAAACAGAAAGCAGCAGAGAGGCAGACUGAAGACCUCAUUAAAGAGCUGGAGCAGGAAAUCACAGAGCUAAAGAGGAGAGAUACUGAGCUGGAGCAGCUCUCCCACACUGAGGACCACCUCCACCUCCUACAGAUUUACUCAUCACUGUGCAGACCUCCACACACCAAGAACUGGACUGACAUCAGUAUUGACCCUCAUCUGAGUGUAGAGACUGUGAGAAACGCUCUGUCUGAACUUCAGAAGAGUCUGGAUGAGACACUCAGUAAAACUCUUAAUGAGAAGAUCAGAGAAUCAGUCUCCACAGAACUGAAGAGGAUUCAGCAAUAUGCAGUGGAUGUGACUCUGGAUGCUGAUACAGCAUAUCCCAAACUCAUCCUCUCUGAUGAUGGAAAUCAAGUGACUUAUGGAGACACAGAGCAGAAUCUUCCUGACAACCCAAAGAGAUUUCAUAGAUGUUGCUGUGUUCUGGGAAAGGAGGGAUUCUCCUCAGGGAGAUUUUACUAUGAGGUGCAGGUCAGAGGGAAGACUAAGUGGGAUUUGGGAGUGGCCCAAGAGUCCAUUGACAGGAAGGGGAAGAUUACAGUGAAACCACAGAAUGGAUUCUGGACUGUGAUUCUGAGGAAUGGGAAUGAGUAUAGAGCUCUUGCUGAUCCCUCAGUCCCCCUCUCCCUAAAAGAGAAUCCCCAGAAGGUGGGGGUUUUUGUGGAUUAUGAGGAGGGUCUGGUCUCCUUUUAUGAUGUGGAGUCCAGAUCUCAUAUCUACUCUUUCACUGGUCAGUCUUUCACUGAGAAACUCUAUCCUUACUUCAGCCCCUGUAAUAAUGAUGGAGGUAGAAACUCAGCUCCACUGAUCAUCUCAGCUGUGUCUAAGAAAUUGAGCAGUUUGCUUGCAAUGGAAAGUUGUUGAAAAACAAUAUGUUUUUUCUCAGAAUUAAAUCUCAUCAUUAAUGUAGAAUCACAAUUGAAGUAAUUUUUGAAACAAUUUUAAACUUUCAGUGUGGGAAUGUACAUAUUACUUAUUACGUUAUAAGGAAUCAUACAUACACUGUUCAUUUGUACAGAAUUGCAUAGUACUCGCCAUUCUUCAUCUUAAUGGAAAUAAAAAUUCAGCUCCGCUGAUCAUCUCAUGGCUGCUGCUUGCAGGUUGCUGUUGAGGUUGUGAUGCUAAUAAUGUGGG